UCUGCAGGUGGCAGUGACACCUGUGUCUUCCCUGGCGGAUUUUAGCUCCAACGCUAAAUCCGGCAGUGGGCCGGCAUCGUGUCUUAUUCUUUCCAACUAUCGUUGUGUACUUCUCAUUCCCAAGGAAGUAUUGUUCCGCGGUUGACAAGAUACUCAGUCCUUCAAAGUUUAUUCACAACACCGAAAGGUCGGUACGGUGCAGUCGGUAUAUGGCUUGAACAAGACACAAAAGUCGAGCCUGCUAUAUCAACAAGCGAACCGAUUGUGGAGACUUUCAAAGCCGAACCACCAAUAACACCAUGAACACCACUACUCAUAACGGAGGGCGAGCGAAGGAGGCCAAAACCAGCAUCAAAGGCGAAUACGAACAGAAGCUCCUGGAAAGUACCCCGAGCCAGUCAACAAUAGCCCAUUUCAACAAAUCUGGACAAGCUGCGUUCGGCAAUGUUGACGCACAGCUACUCAAGAAGCACAGCGAGGCGCCCGGUAAAGUGCAGAAGUGGAUGCUGGAUCGAGUUCGCGAGAGCCUUGCAGCUGCCUCAGAAUUAUACCAUGAUGACGUCCUGAUACUACGAUCUCUUCUCGGGCUCAAAUACUCUGCCAAUACGACAGGCUUCCAAUUUUUGCUUCCAGAAUUAUCGAGGCUUAUGAGGUCAAACCUCACCUAUGCAGUGACCUUCACAAACUAUGUGUUCGAUGCCCCGACCAGCGAAGUGCCGCGGACGACGAAGGACGACCUGCUUCGCGCUGUCGCACAGGACCUUGGCGCAGUCUCCAUCGACAUGCGUGAUCACGAGAAUAUUGAGCGCCAAUUAGCCGCUUUCGAGAGAAAGAAAGAUGAAGAUAUACCCGGACCUCGACCGUUGGCGAAGCUUUCUGCGGCUGCGCUUGGCUUGUUCACGAAGCACUUUUACGGAUUAGGCAUGUACAAACCGAUUGAAUCAAUGAUCGCACAUUUGCGAUCUGAGAUGGACCAUGCACUCGAACAGGAUCUCCAUACCACCUAUGUUCCGUUUUUGCAGGAGCUGAUUGGGCUUAUGCUCAUGUACGGUAUUCCGUUGGCAAACGCUACAUACAGUUCGUUCUUCGAGAGCGUUCUACAGCACUAUUUCAUGCGAUUUAUUGGCCAAGAACCAGAGCAAAAAAAUAGCGCGAAGCAAAAAUCCUGGACACGGCGAGCCAUUGCAGCUCAUGGCACGCUCGAGUCCUUCGACCACUCUUACUUCUGUGACAUCCUGGGCGAGCGGUACGCCAUUGAUGUAUUACCUGCCUUAGUGAAGCUGCGGGGCUCCACAGCAGCUUCACAGGCUCACAGUCGAUUUGACUCCCUGACAACGGCAGCCACAACAGGGGCAAAGGAUGCGAGGACACCUGUCUCAAAGAACGAUGAUAAGAUCGAUCCUGCACCUAUAGCCUCGAUAUUGUCAUUAACUACAUAACACGCGUUAUACAAACGGUAUCCAUCAAAUAUCGAUAAAGGCGUGAGGAAAAGAUGCAAGGAAAGCACCGCAACUGAAACAAGAAGAAAGGGCCGCCACC